AUGGCUACAGUCGAACGACGACCUUUACGCGCGCUUAAGGUAAAAACUGUUCCACCGUCACGAUUACCAUCGCCAACGAAGGUGAAAAACAACGAAAAACAUCUGACUCCACUUGAAAAACGUCGUCUGAAUAUUCGUUUACAUCUUUUACAAAAUACAACACGUCGAACGCAACCGCCCAAUGAACCGACACUUGUCUUUGAUUCAUUUCUUUAUUUAGGUGGGUUAAAAUCGCUCAGUAAUAAAACUCGUCUCAAACGUCUAAAAAUAACUCACAUACUUUCGGUCGUUUUCAUUCCACCAGCAAAGAAUCUCAUUCCACCGAAUACGAAACAUUUGUUCUUAAAAGCCGACGAUAACGUCGCAUUCAACAUGACACCAUACUUCGAACAAGCAUGUCAAUUCAUCGAAGAAGCACGCUUGUCAAAUGGUGCAGUCUUGGUGCAUUGCGUCUGUGGUGUAUCUCGUUCAACCACGUUAUGUUGUGCUUACCUGAUGAAAUAUCAUUCCAUGACAAUUGAACAAGCGUUAAUCCAAUUACGUUCACGUCGUCAUAUAAUUCAACCGAACAAUGGCUUCCUGCGACAGUUAGUUCUCCACGGUGAACGCUUAUUGGAACAAGAACAAGCUGAUCGUGAUAAUACAGACAUGAAUAUAAUCGCUGAACAAUUAAAGAAUGUUUAA